AUGGUUACCCCGCAGCCAAACAAGCCGCACGUGUGCCUGACGGCGGUCCUCAUCGUGACCAGCCUGGCGCUCAUAGACGCCUACCUGGUGGAGCAGAAUCCGGGUUCCCGGAGGCUCGCUGUGUGUGUCACCGUGUUGGCGAGCGACGCGUGUUUCCUCAUCGUCCUUCGAUACGUGGCCGUCUGGGCCGGGUCAGAGGUGCACACCGCGAGGCGAGGCUAUGCCAUGAUGCUCUGGUUCUUCUACAUCUUUGUCUUGGAGAUCAAGGUCUACUUUGUUUAUCAGAACUACAAGUCCCAGGACGCAGGUGUGGAGGUGGUGGAUGUAGGCGUGUCCCGGAGAGGUCUUACGCUGCUGCUGUCCAUCUGCAUGCCCGUUGUGUUCGUAACGCUGGCUGCGAUCGAUCACCUGGAGUACUUGCGACCAUACAAAAAGAGAGAGGAGAUACGGAGCCGCCUGUUCUGGGUGGUGCUGGACCUGCUGGAUGUCGUGGAUGUUCAGGCGAACCUGUGGGAGCUUCAAAGCGAAGGACUCCCUCUGUGGGUGGAGGGUUUGAUGUUCUUCUACUGCUACAUCCUCCUGCUGGUGCUGCCGUGCGUCUCCCUGAGCGAGAUCAGCAUGCAGGGCGUGAACAUCGUCCCCCACAGAAUGAUGCUCUAUCCCAUCCUCAGCCUCGCCACCAUCAACAUCAUCACCCUCCUGAUCCGCUCGGGAAACCUGCUGGUCUACGGGGACAUCCGAGUGUCGGGGAUCAUGAUGGGAAAGAAUGUGAUCGCCAUCGUGAUGAAGAGCUGCAGCCUGCUGCAGUACAGGAAACACCAGCCGGCGGCUCCUCCGGCGGAUCGGGGCGCCGAGAUCCAGAAGAACUCUGAGGAGGAGGUUCAGGUGUACGGCGGGCAGCACGCGGGGCUGCCCAGAGUCGUGAUUGAGGACUUCACCAGCAUCCCAGAAGAGGAGGAAGAGGAUGAAGAAGGCGAGGAGGGCGGUGCUGAUGUCAGUCAACAAGAGGUGAGCUUGAAUGGCGAUGAGAUAAAAGAAGGAGAAACCCAACUGAAGCGCCGGGACUCGACUGGUUUGGGAUAA